GAGCAGCACUCUGUCAUAUCACCAGCAUCACCCGCCCAUUGCAGAUCGCUGUGUUCUCGAGGAAUUCUGGAAGAUGUUCCUUACAACAGAGUACAGCAGAUCAGCUUCAGUUCUUCCUCGGUCUGUGAGUUUGCACGCUAACUCUGCAGGUGUAUAACUUUAUGACUCUACGACUGUUGCCAGACCUGCUGAGUUUUUCCAGCAAUUUCAAUUUUUGUUUCACAUUUCCAGCAUCUUUGUUUUAUCCAUAUAUAUCCUUCCCUUCUGAGGAGUACUUUCUGAGGUGGACUUUCUGAGGAGCCAUGCUAUUCAAAGAACUUCACAGGACUGUCCCACUUAAAAUCAAAGAACUAGAAUUCACAUGGAUCUGCUUCCACAAGGCCUUGAGAAGAGACCACUUUCCCAGCUUCUAUAGCAUGAGCUCUUAAAGACAGGAUUCUGAAUUCACACCAGUUUCUGAGGAGGAUUCUAGCCUCAGUUCAUCACACUGGGGGUUGAUCAUGGUUUAUGGACAGUUCUACCACAGGGACAGACUAUAUCUAAAGAUGAUCAAUGUUAACGUUGGGGGCCUGAAACAAAAGGUCGAUCAAAAAGUAUUGUUAAAAUUCCCAGAGACCAGGUUGGGAAAGUUACUGAGAUGUUCCUCCAAGGAGGACACCCUUGAAUUGUGUGAUGACUAUGAUGUGCACACAGAUGAAUAUUACUUUGACAGAAAUCCAAGUUUCUUUCACUAUGUGUUGAAUUUCUAUUCCACGGGCAAGCUUCAUGUGAUGGAGGGGAUUUGUAUAUUCUCAUUCAACCAAGAAAUUGAGUACUGGGGACUUGGCGGGAUCUCUAUCCAUCAUUGCUGCAGGUUCAAGUACCAUGAACGCAAAGAGAAUAUAGUUGAGAAAGAGUUUGACACACAGAGUGAUGAGUUGAGCUUAACAAGUUCUGAAGAUGCCAGCACCAUCCCCCAACAAAUCGAAAGUUUUAAACAUAUGUGGUGCGGCAAACAGAGAGAAAAAUUGUGGCUCAUUUUAGAGAAUCCAGAAUAUUCCUUUGCAGCCAAGGUUUUUACUAUAUCCUCACUGGCCAUUGUGUUGCUCUCCAUUGUGACUAUGUGUGUUCAUAGUCUGCCUGAAUUCCAGGAGCAACAGGAAGGCCUUGGCUUCCUGAUUGUUGAAUCUACCUGUAUUGCGUGGUUUAGCUUUGAAUACAUAGCAAGGUUAAUAGUCGCCCCAUAUAUCUGCAAAUUCCUUCAAAAUCCACUGAAUAUCAUUGACUUUUUAUCAUUUCUACCAUUCUACCUCACCCUGGUCGUGGAACGUAUAGAUGAUGAGAGCUCAGAGCUGGUGAACAUUGGCCGAGUAGUACAGGUCCUUCGGUUGAUGCGUAUCUUUCGGGUCCUGAAGUUGGCUCGCCACUCCAUCGGAUUGAGAUCACUUGGGGCUACUUUCAGACACAGCUAUGAAGAGGUAGGACUCCUGAUUGUGUUCUUGACUGUGGGUAUUGCCAUCUUCUCAGCUCUCAUCUACUCAUCAGAGAAAGAUGAAAAAGAAACUGGUCUUCACAGUAUCCCCAUUGGCUGGUGGUGGGCAACCAUUAGCAUGACUACUGUUGGUUAUGGGGAUACUUACCCAGUCACAAUUCAAGGGAAGCUCAUUGGCAGCACUUGCAUCAUCUUCGGCUUGUUGAUGGUGGCUUUGCCGGUUAGUGUCAUAUUUAACCGAUUUUCAAAGUAUUACCGACGGGAACAAGCCAUUGAUGUUGUGAUUCGCAACCAAGAACUGAGAAAGUUGGCUGCAGGUCUACCAUGUGUCAAUAUCCGGGAUAUUUAUGUGAAGAAGAUGCGUUAUCAUUCAAAGACCAAUACAGUGGACCAGAACAGUGUCUGUUGUGAGAAACAGAGUUCUAAAGUGUCUUCAAUCAACCACAAUAUAGAUACUGAGCAAUGCCCCAGAAAUAAUUAAUCUGGACCUGCUCCCUCCAUCUGUAACCCACAUCCAAUAAACUUGCUGCAGAUCUGAUCUGUUCAACAGUGAUAGUAAUUCUGACUGUGAACAUGGGAAUUACUAUAGUGCAUGAGGUCUAUUUCCAUUACAAAACAAUGGAAAUCUGCACGUUCUUUAUCAUCUGUAAUUGUCGCACUUCCUCUUCUGUUUAUUUCUCGAUCUGCCACAGUUCCUAUUGUAACUGUCAACAUUUCCUCUCCUGUGACAAUCACACUUUCUGUGCUAUUAGGUACAUUUCGGCUUGUGUUAUUUCCUGUUUGUGAUAGUUAUACUUCCCGUUCUAUACCAGUCACACCUAAUGUCUGAUUGCACGGAUGUAAACUGCAGCAGAUGGAUGGAGAAUUCUCCAGUCAGGUGUGAAGACAACAAGUGAAGUGUAAACUGCUGAGUUGGUGGAAGAUUCCUGAGAUACAAUCAAAGUUGAAAGGCUUGUCGCAUGAAACACCCAAUGAAAGAAGGAAGAAGAGCCAAUCAAUACUUCACAAGCACUUUUUGGAAAUGGUGUCAUCUCUGAAAUAACUCCACAGAGUCGGUAUCCUGUCACCAAGUCACCCUUUAUUUACAUAUGGAAAGCAGAAAGGAUCCAGCUUCCUCAGAGUAAAAAGGAUGUCUAACACUCAUGUUUAUAUUUGUCAGCCAAGGCUCCCGUUUGGACCACAUUAACAGCCCCAGUCAGGGAACUGAAAUUCUAUGAGGUCCACCCAGCUGACCUGGUUAAAAUCUCUGUGUUGCGUGUACAUAAAAAGUAAAAUCUGACAUGUCAAAAUAAUGUGCUGUGCUCACUAUAAAGCUUUCAGUUGUGUGUUUGAGCAGCUCUGCCGCUGUUACGAAAAGCCUCAGAACUUUCUAAAAUCUUUUUGAGGAAGAAUCAUAUUGGAUUCAAAAUGUUAACACUGUUUCUUUCCUUACAAACACUAUCAGACCUGCUCAAUUUCAUCAGUGCCUUCUUUUUUUUCUCUAAAGCCUGUGUUUGAGUCAAUGGGAGGCAGAUUCUCUGAUGUCUGUUUUAAAUUGGGAACACUUACAAACCAACCCUCUUAAUUGUCUCAUGCAACUAGAUGCUGAAGGCCAUGUCCAAAUUACAUUCAUAAUCCAUCCAUGGUGCAGCUGCCAGUUUCCCACUAUUAUACACACAGUGUCUCCAAGGUCAGAGACUGAAGGCAGAAUUUAAUUGCAGGAAAUAGAGGUUUUGCAUCCUACACUGAACACCUUACACAGGAAUCAUGCUUUCAGCAGAGAUUGCCAAAUUACAUGGCAGAUUAAAAAUGUUUGGCCUUCCUUCGGCUUAAGAAGCCCAAAGGCUCUGCAUACCCUUUCCCCUUCUCUGCCACCUGUCACGAAACUGGUGUGUAAAAAUGGGGGAACGCUUUGGCAUGACCCUUUAAGAGGUAAAGUGCUUUUAAAGUUUAGAGUUGAACAGAGAAGGGGCCCAUGAGCAGUUAGGGGAUUGUAUAGACAAUUCUAAAAUGGAAACAUGUAACAAUUGACUUUGUGAGUGGAGACCUUAUGCUUGCUUUGACUACAAGUUUGAAUUUGGCCAAUUAAUUUAAACCAAACACUCAGAAAAUCAAAGCCAACUGUAUUUAAAAAUGGAUGGAGUUUACAGCCUGAAACCAGUCAUAUGAGAAUUUGCAUCAUCGGUGGUAUUUCUGUAAGUAUUUUUUGAAAAUUAAGAGAGAUUCACCCGCCAUCUGAAGAGUAAAUAUUGGGCUCUCACAGAAAUCUUUAAGCUCUGAUUAAGCAGCAGCUAAAGGUACACGGCACUCUAAACUAAUAUUCCUGCCAUGAAUUUGAUAGAGAGAGGCAUUUUGGAUACCAGAAUUCAACAAAGAAAGGCAUUUGUGACAUGAGAUCAGCAGAAGAAAGAUUGGAGAUAAAACGGAAAAGAUUAUGUGAACUUGAAGAGAUUACUUUGUAAUUUAUCAUUUUUCUUAUUACUUGGUUUUACAUAAAUGUAUUUAUUUGAACAGCAUUCAUUGCAGUAGAAUUUAGUUCAGUUAGGGAAUAGUUAGUACUUGGAGGAAAUUGUCCAGUUUGUUAGCAAUUCUGUUAAUUUUUUCACUGUUGGAGUUAGAUAAAUAAAUUGUUAC